GACAUGACGUACAAAAAUAAUAAAGAAAAAUAUAUUGUUGCUUUGUGCGAGUCGAGCUCGAGUUUAAAAAGUAAAUUAUCUUCGAUUCACGAUUCGAUAAAGAAAGGAAAACUGCAAAUCUUUUCGGUGCGUGAAUGUGGUUGAAAAGAAAAACAUGCUGUUUCGUCGUUGCAUUCGCAAUUACAUGUCCCGGGUAUUUCCGAAACAAGUUGGCAACGUGAAUUAGAUGCGUAUGAUUAUGGUGCAAUGUUAUCACCUUAGUCUAACAACCAAUCAUGUGCUUGAUGUGCUAUCAUUAUUACUCGUAUAUUCAGCGUGAUCAACCGAAACAUUUAGCAGAAAACUUACCCUGUACCUUAUUUCGGUAGUUGAUGGGCUGAUUGUCGCUGGUUUUGCUGGUUUUGGUUGGUUCGAUAUCGUAUGGGCAGUGAUGCGAAAGCUAUGAUCAUCUACGAUGCGGUACUUUCAGAUUGUCCUUCAAACAGUGAUCGAAGGUCGACUUGAGACAUUCGUACCUCAUCAAAUGAAAGAAACUCCGCAGAACGCGACCGCAAUGAAGCAAAGUUACAUUCAGUUGACGCGACCAUUUGCUGACGAAGAAGCGCUCAUUAACAAAAAAUUGCCCAAAGAGUUAUUCAUGAGAAUAUUUUCGUACUUGGACGUAGUGUCGUUAUGCAGAUGCGCGCAAGUAUCGAAAGCGUGGAAUUUAUUAGCGCUCGACGGUAGCAAUUGGCAACGAAUCGACUUAUUUGCCUUUCAGACCGAUGUUAAGGGUCCGAUGAUCGAAAAUUUAUCAAAAAGAUGCGGCGGAUUUUUACGCAAAUUGAGUUUAAGAGGAUGCCAAUCUAUAAACGACGAUUCGAUGAAAACGCUGGCCUGUUCGUGCAAUAACUUGGAAGAUAUUAAUUUGAACGAAUGUAAAAAACUAACAGACAAAACGUGUCAAUCGUUGAGUAAGUUUUGUAGGAAAUUGCAACGACUGGAUUUGGACUCGUGUUCGUCGAUUACAGAUCUAUCGCUGAGAGCUUUAUCCGAAGGAUGUCCGUGCAUUACGCACAUAAAUAUAUCGUGGUGCAAUAGUAUUACGGACGCUGGCAUCGAAGCGUUGGCCAGCGGUUGCAAUAAAAUCAAGUCAUUCGUCGCCAAAGGUUGUUCGCAAAUCACCGACAGAGCAGUCAGCAGUUUGGCGCAGUCUUGCGCGGAUCUCGAAAUUUUAAAUUUACACGGCUGCGCGAAUUUAGAAGACAAAGCCGUCAUCAGCGUGGCAGAGAACUGUAAACGUCUGCAGUAUUUAUGUCUAUCGCAGUGCAAUCGACUGACAGACGCCUCGUUGAUAGUAUUAGCUCAGCAAUGUCAUCAGCUCAGCACGUUAGAAGUGGCAGCCUGUACUCAUUUCACCGAUGCUGGAUUCCAAGCUUUGGCCAGAAAUUGUCGAUAUUUGGAAAAGAUGGAUCUAGAAGAAUGCGUAUUGAUAACCGAUAGUACGUUGAUUCACCUGGCAAUGGGAUGUCCGAGGCUGGAAAAUUUGAGUCUGUCGCAUUGCGAAUUGAUAACCGACGACGGAAUCAGACAUCUUGGAACGUCUCCUUGCGCUUCGGAGCAUUUAACCGUUUUAGAAUUGGACAAUUGCCCGUUGAUAACGGACGCUUCGCUCGAACAUCUGAUAUCGUGUCAUAAUCUGCAGAGGAUAGAACUGUACGAUUGCCAGCUCAUCACCAGAACCGGUAUUCGUCGUUUGAAAAACCAUCUUCCAAAUAUCAAAGUGCAGGCAUAUUUCGCGCCAGUUACACCGCCGCCGUCGACCGGUAAUUCCAGACAAAGAUAUUGCAGAUGCUGCGUUAUACUAUAAGUAGGUAGGUAGGUAGGUAAAGGACAAAGGUAUACAAAGCGUUGCGGUCGCGGUCGCGGAUUCAUCGUAUCGUUAUCGUACGAUCACUACCCUAGUACUCCUACAUUACAUUUUACAACUACUACAUACAUAACUUACAUACUUACUUAUUUUUACUUACUUACUUACUUACUUACUUACUUACUGUACUAUGUAUUACCUUUACACUAUACAUACAGCUACCUUGUAUUAUUUAUUACCUAUAUUUAUUGCCUAAGAGACCUGCGUUGCGUGUUAUUACUCGUAUUACAUACAAGUAUCAUCAUCAUUACUACUGUCUACUAUACUGUUAGGUAGGUAGAUACGUAGGUACUAGGUACUUUUAUUUUAUGUAUUAUCGUUAAUCGUUAAAUAUGUAGGGUAUUACAAUUACAUACAUAUUACUCGUACCUACUACGAGUACCUACGCGUAUGAUUAUUUACAUAAGUAUAUUGUUAUUGAUAAUAUGUAAUUACCUAAUAGCUAAGUAUGUACCUACUUGUAUUUUCUUUACAUCUGUGAUUGGUAACUUUUUAUAAUAACUUAUUAUACUAUGACUUUUAUAA